CCGCAACAUGCGGCAUUGGCUUCAGCUUCAACGCGGUGGAAAUCAUCUGUCAAGAAAAGUCAACCUUUUCCAAUUUUUUCCAUACGAAUCUUUUGAGGAAAAUCAUUAGGUAAUCGAACUAUUUUCGCCGAUUUUUCCAUCUACAAUCACACUGCAAAAGAUUCGUCUCCAAAAUGAUGCAGCGUGUGGUUAACAGCCCAAUUUUGGGUGCCAUCGUAACAAAUGGAGUCCAACCACAUCGUGGUAUGGCUACACUGAAAGUCAUCCAGAUGCGAUUGAAGUCUGUCAAGAACAUUCAGAAAAUCACUCAAUCCAUGAAGAUGGUGUCGGCUGCCAAGUAUGCCCGUGCAGAACGUGAGUUAAAGCAGGCUCGUCCGUACGGUGAAGGUGCCAAGGGUUUCUACGAAGUUGCCGAUAUUCAACCCGAAAAGGAGGACAAAAAGGAGUUGUACAUUGCAAUGACCUCCGACAGAGGUUUGUGUGGUGCUGUGCACACCGGUAUCGCCCGUCAAAUCCGUAACGAGUUGAACGCUAUGCCAGAUUCAGAGAAUGCGAGAAUCAUUUGCGUCGGUGACAAAAGCCGUGCCGUUUUGCAAAGGAAUUUCAGCAAGAAGUUCAUCUUUGUCGCAAACGAGGUCGGUCGUAUUCCGCCAACAUUCUUGGACGCAUCAAAAAUUGCCAUUCAAGUGUUGAACUCUGGCUUCGAUUAUACUCACGGCAAGAUUGUCUACAACAAAUUCCGUACCGUUGUCUCGUACAAUUUGUCAGAACUCCCAAUUUUCAGUCUCAAAUUAGUUGAGUCCUCCGACAAAUUGGUCGCAUACGAUUCAUUGGAUGCCGACAUUAUUCGCGACUAUUUGGAAUUUUCGUUGGCUUCGUUGUUGUUCUACGCAAUGAAGGAAGGUGCAUGCUCUGAACAAUCAUCUCGUAUGUCUGCUAUGGACAAUGCUACAAAGAAUGCCGGAGAAAUGAUUGACAAACUUGCAUUAACAUUCAAUCGUACCAGACAGGCUGUCAUUACCAGAGAAUUGAUUGAAAUCAUUUCUGGUGCUGCUGCUUUGAAUUAAAUGCAUUUUGCUGCCGUUUCGAUUCAGUUUGAUGGUACACCGCUGUCAAUCGUAUAACAUGUUUGGGUGGUUAAUUUGGUUCCGAGUUUAAGUAUAUGAAUAACACACACGAUGUAUUUGCCCUUAAGGAGAUAACAAAUAUUUUGCUUUUUGUUAACCAGUCGUAGCGAUCUGAUCACUGGCCCAAUUGUCGAAACGACUCGUUGACAGAGGCAAUGUAAUUAAUGUAAACCAUUUGAUUGUCCGUUUUGGAAUUUUAAAUAAACGCCGGAUGUACAAUGAA